AUGUCCGUCAAGUCAAUCGCUGUGUUUGGGGGCAAUGGGUUCCUAGGAAGAAAGAUCUGUGAAGUGGGAGUCCGUCUAGGCUACAACGUCACUGCGUUUUCGCGCUCAGGCAAGCCUCCUUCCAAUUUGCCGCCCAUCAACGUGCCUUGGAUCAACAAGGUGAAAUGGGAAGCGGCCGAUCUCCUCGACCCUUCUUCGUACUCGUCCAAGUUGUCUCAGUAUGACAGCGUGGUGCAUUCGGUGGGAAUGCUCUUCGAGAACCAGUCGUACAAGAAGGUGGCCAACUCCAACUUCAAUGCGUUGCGAGACGCCCAGAACUUGGCCAACUCCUUGAAGGGAUCGAAUCCCAUGGCCAAGGACAGCAAGCUCACAUUCGAAGCAAUCCAGCGGGACUCAGCCGUGCUCUUGGCUGAUGCAUUCCUCGAGGCAAAGGGCCCUGGUCUGGAGCCGGCAUUCGUGUAUAUCUCUGCCAGCCAGAAGCCACCGUUCGUACCCGAGAGAUACUUGACCACCAAGAGAGAAGCCGAGUUUGAGUUGGCGUGCAAGGAGGGCUUGCGAGUCAUUGCUAUGAGGUGUUCCUUCAUGACAGAGGAGCACAGCGGACCCAACCCACGCUCGGUUUUGGGCGGUUUGGUGCUGUUGGGACAUUCUGUCAAGCAGAACACGAUCGGCGACAGCCUUUCCUACGUCAAUAAUUUGAUAAGACCGCCAGUAUCGACAGAACAGGUGGCCAGAACCCUCUACGAGAAGUUGGAGAGUGGGUACAGCGGUAUAGUCAGGGACGAAGAAAUCGCAAAAAAAUAG